GGCGGUUUUUAUAAAAACGCCACAAAAAAUUUAUUUCACCUAAAAAUAGGCGCUAUUUUAUCCCCAAAAUUUAGCCCAAACCCCUAACUUUUCCCCCUAAAAUCGGUAUCGCCAAAACACCCCCAAUCUCAUCCCUCCGUUGCUCUUUUCAAUCAAGAAACUCUCCAGCAGCGUCUCCAAGCUCUUAUCGAAGGAACCCUAGCUGUCUCAAGUCCCUACUAACAGUUUAUUCCCCUCGCUUGGAUUCACCUCCACCAAGAUGGGUUCAUCUUGCACACGGGUUGCUUCUAUUUUUGUAUCAGAUGGGAAACAAGGUAGACGAACAAACUCCUCGAGUCCACUUGGAGAACUUUUUGACCAUGGGUGUGAUGCACUUGCAAGUACGUUCGAAACCAUGGAUUUUGGGAGCACUGCCAUGUGCGGAGGGGACAGUUUCUGGUUCUGGGUAAUUUUAUCUAUACCAUUUUAUGGAGCUACAUGGGAACGCUAUUUCACCAAUGCACUUAUCCUUCCUAUUGUCAAUGGGCCGACUGAGGAUCUUGCGCUGAUAUAUGGAUUGCACUUUAUGACAGCAAUUGUUGGUGCCCAGUGGUGAGCUCAGCCAUUUUAGCAAUCGAUACCGUUCUUGAGUUGGAUACCUUAUGUUAAUGAACUUCCAACAUAUAAAGCUGCUGUGUAUUUGUUGACACCAAUUGCUAUUUUACCUACAGUGGCUUGCAAUAUAAGCAAUGUCCAUAAGAUCGUUAAGGCAAGAAAAGGAAGCAUGUUACUGGCAUUAGCAAUGCUUUAUCAUUUUGUUGUACUCAUGGGAGGAGUGCUCAUUUGGCGAUAGAGCUAAAUAGUCAGAAUGUAGUGUACUGGGCUAAUCGCUCACUUGCUCACACCAAAUUGGAAGAGUAUGGUAGUGCCAUACAGGAUGCUACUAAGGCAAUUGAAGUGGAUCCUAAAUAUUCAA